AUGUCCAUGUUUGGUAUGGACGACAACACAAAAUGCCUCCUGAUUCAAGAAGUUUAUCAGCGUCCGCUUUUGUGGAAGGCAUCUGAUCCGCAUUAUGCAGAUAUUGCUGCACGUUGGGAUGCAUUCAAUGAAAUUGCUCAAGCACUCAGCGAUGACGAAGUGAAGUUCUCAUGUGCGUAA